AAUCAUACAGUAAAGACUAAAAACGCUUUGUAAACAACGAAAUCUUACUAAUAUUAUAAAAUACGCUAUGAAUGGGUAUUAAACUUAUGUUAUAAAAAACGUGCAUAGUUUAGCUUACCUCGCACCCCUCUAGCCACAACAAUAUGGAAUAAUACGUGGGCCAAAAUCUCUACACGUUUUAUCAUUCAGUCAGAUGAUCCAGCUGGUGGUCUUUCGAUCGGUGGCAAGGCACAACGCGAUUUGAAGGAGUUUUAAACCAUGAUAACAGUUGGUUUGGUUUAGAAAUAGCUCGGUUUGUUCGUCGUUAUGAGGUUUCGUUAUCAAACAGAUGGAUAGAUGAACGCUUUGUGGUGAUUUGUGUGUGUGAUCGGACCGGCGUGCUUAACGGAUUCAGUCCGAUCUGUGCAGGUCUGACAUGGAUAACGUCACGCGACCUCCUGCGGGGGCCCGACGUCAACCUAUUUCCUGGCUGCAGAUUCUCUUCUUGAUGCACGUCUGGACCUGUUUACAAGCUCAGGUAUUAAAAAACACUAGAUGGCCGCUGUAUUCCGGCAAGCCUCUGCUGUUGGCUUGGAACGCCCCCACCGAAGACUGCAGGCCUCGCCAUGAAAUCACCUUCCAGCUCGACCAGUUCCAGAUCGUGGCGUCUCCGAACGAGGGCUUUACAAAGCAAAAUCUCACCAUCUUCUACACGGACCGCUUGGGUUUGUACCCGUAUUACAAAACAGACGGCGUGGAAGUCAACGGAGGGCUUCCUCAGACUGCCAGUCUUACACGGCAUCUAGAAAAGAUGCCGGAAGGUCUCAAAAAGUACAUCAAGGACCCAAUGUCCAAAGGUCUCGCAGUGAUUGACUGGGAAGAGUGGCGGCCCCUCUGGAUACGUAACUGGGCGCCUAAAGACAUUUACCGCAACCAAUCCCGACGUUUAGUCUCGCAGAAGAACCCGACCUGGACCCCAGAUCAGGUGGCCAAAGUAGCCCAGCAGGACUUUGAGCUUUCUGCCCGACAAUUCAUGUUGGAGACUCUCAGACUAGCAAAGAGCCUGCGGCCCCAUCAGCUGUGGGGGUUCUACCUAUUUCCUGACUGUUACAACCACAACUACCAGCAGGUGAAUUACACAGGACGUUGUCCAGAUGUGGAGGUAACAAGAAACGACCAGCUGAAGUGGCUCUGGACAGAGAGCACGGCUCUGUAUCCAUCUAUAUACAUGGGAAAAGCGCUAAAGAACGAUGUGUCCAGAAAGCUGUUCGUACGGAACCGGGUCAAAGAGGGAAUGAGAUUGGCUUCAGUUGGGGACGGUGCGGCCAGGCCCGUUUUUGUCUACACGCGGCCCACAUAUGCAAAUGAAAUUCUGCUGCUGUCUGAGAUGGAUCUGGUGUCUACGAUUGGUGAGAGCGUGGCUUUGGGUGUUGCUGGUGUUAUUUUUUGGGGCGAUUCCACAUAUGCCAGCAGUCAAGCAAACUGUAAGACUCUUAACGAUUACCUGCGAGGGCCACUCGGGCGGUACCUGCUUAACGUGACAUCGGCCGCAGAGCAGUGCAGUCGGAAUCUCUGCAAUUUUCGUGGACGCUGCCUUCGCAGACAAUCUGACACGGACACGUACCUGCAUCUAAGCCCGAACACCCACAGCAUCGAGCGCCAGGGGAAUGUCCUCAAAGUCUCGGGCCAGAUGGGAACAGAGGAGCUCAACCGAUUACAAAAAGAGUUCCAGUGUCAGUGCUACAACGGUUACAUAGGGGAAGACUGUAACCUGAAUGUGCUUGGAAACCGAGGGAUGGUGUUUUGGACCACCUGGAUCCAGGUUCUGCUGCUACCACUGGUAUUGCUGGGAUUCCUACACUGAGUUUUGUGGAACCACUCCAGAAAAGGAUACGCCAGACCUUCUCUUCAGGAGAUUGGGCACGGGAGGCGGCAGUCUUUCGUUAGUAUUUGGAGAAGAAAUGGAAAAACACAGAGCCGACAUGUCGGACAGUUUUUGCGGCAUUUCAAUGGCUUCGUGUGGUUUACUUCCCCCUGCUGUAUGGGAGGCUGAACUGCAGGCAGGCAGAAGUCUGUCUUUGCUGUCGUGUGAAUGACGUUAUCUAUGUUUGUGCCUUUUUUAUAUAUAUAUACAGCUGGAAGUCUGUCAUCCGAGGCCUUUUAUUUCCAUAUAACGUGUGAGAGACCGUUUGUGACCUUAUUUUUGCUGUCACAAGACCAGCUAUUUAAAUAGGAACGACCGUAACACUGCUGCCUCAUCAAACCCUGUUGGGAGAGUCUCGCGAAACCUGUUAAGAAUUUGUCCAAGUCAUAUUUUACCAGAAAAUUUAAGCUUUUUAUUAAGGCUGUCAAAAGAUUAAUCGCGAUUAAUCGCAUACAAAAUAAAAGUUUGUUUUUGCACAAUAUAUGCUUGUGCAUUGUGUGUACUUAAUUUGUAUAUGUAAAUACACACAAAUACAUGUAUGAAUUUAAAAAACAAUUACAAAUAUAUCAUGCAAACACGAACUUUUAUUUUGUAUCCGAUUAAUCGCGAUUAAUCUUUUGACAGCCGUACUUUUUAUAGCUUUGUGCAGUUACACUUAAGCACAUUUCUCCUCCAAAUUCUAAACAAGCUUUAAUUUUCAUAAACGUAACCUAUAAAAUUUUUGCGAAAUAUGUCGGAGACAUGUUUUUGAUGGACUUCAUCAGAUUCAUCCGAGUUUGACCACUGCUGGAUAGUGAGAAAUUAUUCGACAUUGUCUUGUAACUCGCUUUGCCAAAAACAUGAAUGUAAUGCACAUUGCAUUUUUUUAUGGGUGUUCCAAUGAAUACAAAUUCAUUUCAUUUUUGUUAUGCCUUGGUAACACUGAACAUUUUAGAUUCAGAGAUUUUUCUAGUAAUUGCUGAACUUUGCAUUUCCUCUGUUUGUUUUGCAGGACAAACUUUUUAUAUAUUUAAUGGUUGUAUAUAUAGCACUGAAUUUGAAUGAACUGUUUGUGGGAUUUCAUGCGGCACUGCAAGAACCGACAUGCAGAUGACAUCACGGUACUUUGAGAGAAAUUCGUGAAAUCAUAUGAAGUCGAAUCACUCUUGCGGUACUUUAAUGUCAACCGCCUGUCGUUUCUUGCGGCACCGCAUGAAUUUGCGCACACACACCUAAUGUGUAAUUGAACCAUGUGACCUUAAAUCUGUGUUUGUAUUGUAUUGGUGUCGUUGUAGUGAUUAAUUAUAAUAUGAAAUAUACAAGAGCCUUACAGAAUACGUUUCAUCAGGUGUUCAAGGUAAUUAUUAUACUGAAAUUGUCCAUUUUAUAUUUUUACAAUAAAUCUUUUUAAGAUUUAA